AUGUCUCUGAGAUCAUCCAAAAAACCACGCAAGGCGCGGACGGCCUUCACGGAGCAUCAACUCAAGACCCUGGAGAAGAGCUUCGAGCGUCAGAAGUACCUGAGCGUCCAGGACCGAAUGGAACUGGCCGCCAAGCUCAACCUCACCGACACCCAGGUCAAGACCUGGUACCAGAACAGAAGGACCAAAUGGAAACGGCAAGCCAUGGUGGGACUCGAACUCCUGCCCGGGAUGGGUGCGAUGCCGGGGCUCUGGCCGGGCGCGGGUCUCGGUUCUGCGGUUCCCAGCUUCUGGCCCUACUCGUACAGCAACUACCUGACCACCAUCAGCGGCCUCUCGGCGGCUCCGCAAGGAGCCGCGAUGGGCUUGGACGGCUUCCAGAGGGCCCUCGACCUCUACCACCGGCGCGGCGUCCAGGCCUUCCUGGGCCGAGAACAGUUCUUCCGUGCUGUGGCUCCUUCCGUCCCUGCAGACUCCUCCUCUGUGAUGGUUCGGGAACUACCCUCCACGACCGAAACAGAGCUUAACUAG